AUGUGCACUCUCAGUGAGAUUUACCAAUUCAUAAUGGACCUCUUCCCGUUUUAUCGACAGAAUCAGCAGCGAUGGCAAAACUCGAUCCGCCAUAGCUUGUCCUUCAACGAUUGCUUUGUGAAAGUGCCCCGCACUCCGGACAGGCCAGGCAAAGGUAGUUAUUGGACAUUACACCCAGAUUCGGGUAAUAUGUUUGAAAACGGAUGCUAUUUGCGACGGCAAAAAAGGUUUAAGUGUCCGAAGAAGGAAGCGAUGCGACAGGCCGCCCGUGCUGCGGCCAACGUAUCAGGUAGCCAACACGGAUCUCCAUCACACUCGAUAAAUGAUAGCCCCGUGGCUGAUUCACCUAAUCACCAACUUGAUCACCAUGUCCAGCCCAAGAGUGAGAUCUCACCCGCUUCUGUAAACAUGGGAGCGGUUGCACAACAGCAACAGCAACAACAGCAACAACAACAGCAGCAACAACAGCAACAACAGCAACACCAACAACAGAACGAAAUGCAUCCGGUCCGCCAAAUACCCCAUGAUGUCACACAAACCCUGCUAAGCGCAGGCCACCUAACUAACCCCCACUCGUUCAAUCAUCCAUUUUCCAUCAACAACCUAAUGUCUGAAAACAAAUUAGAUAUGAAAAUGUACGAACCUAUGCAAGGUGGUUACGGAGCCUACAGCCAGCUGUCACCCCUCGCUCUGCCGAAAGAAUCGUCCCCACCCAUGUCAGUGGCUGACGCAAACUAUUACAAAACAUACACACCACAUUCAACUUCAAAUUUGUAG